CCACAAUAUUAGUGAUUAUGUAAAUACAAGACUACCAGUAGGGGGAGCAAAAUCACAUACAUUUAAAAGGAUGCCACCUGAGCCGGGAGGGUUACUGAGGAGAGAGCCUGGAAGGAGAAAGAACAUAGGAUUAUCAGAGCAAGGAAACAUGAAGACUGUAAUAACAGGCUUGUUUUUUGUCCUCUUGAGCUUCCACUUAGGUGAGUAGAAUGAAUGAAAAACUCUACCUGAUCUAAUUCCGUGUCAUUAUAUAUCCCAGUAAAUGGGGAGCUGGGGUCUGAUCUAAUUCUGUGUCAUUAUAUAUCCCAGUAAAUGGGGAGCUGGGUCUGAUCUAAUUCUGUGUCAUUAUAUAUCCCAGUAAAUGGGGAGCUGGAUCUGAUCUAAUUCUGUGUCAUUAUAUAUCCCAGUAAAUGGGGAGCUGGGUCUGAUCUAAUUCUGUGUCAUUAUAUAUCCCAGUAAAUGGGGAGCUGGGUCUGAUCUAAUUCUGUGUCAUUAUAUAUCCCAGUAAAUGGGGAGCUGGGUCUGAUCUAAUUCUGUGUCAUUAUAUAUCCCAGUAAAUGGGGAGCUGGGUCUGAUCUAAUUCUGUGUCAUUAUAUAUCCCAGUAAAUGGGGAGCUGGGUCUGAUCUAAUUCUGUGUCAUUAUAUAUCCCAGUAAAUGGGGAGCUGGGUCUGAUCUAAUUCUGUGUUAUUAUAUAUCCCAGUAAAUGGGGAGCUGGAUCUGAUCUAAUUCUGUGUCAUUAUAUAUCCCAGUAAAUGGGGAGCUGGGUCUGAUCUAAUUCUGUGUCAUUAUAUAUCCCAGUAAAUGGGGAGCUGGGUCUGAUCUUAUUCUGUGUCAUUAUAUAUCCCAGUAAAUGGGGAGCUGGGUCUGAUCUAAUUCUGUGUCAUUAUAUAUCCCAGUAAAUGAGGGGAGCUGGGUCUGAUCUAAUUCCGUGUCAUUAUAUAUCCCAGUAAAUGGGGAGCUGGGGUCUGAUCUAAUUCCGUGUCAUUAUAUAUUCCAGUAAAUGGGGAGCUGGGUCUGAUCUAAUUCUGUCAUUAUAUAUCCCAGUAAAUGGGGAGCUGGGUCUGAUCUAAUUCUGUGUCAUUAUAUAUCCCAGUAAAUGGGGAGCUGGGUCUGAUCUAAUUCUGUGUUAUUAUAUAUCCCAGUAAAUGGGGAGCUGGGUCUGAUCUAAUUCCGUGUCAUUAUAUAUCCCAGUAAAUGGGGAGCUGGGUCUGAUCUAAUUCUGUGUCAUUAUAUAUCCCAGUAAAUGGGGAGCUGGGUCUGAUCUAAUUCUGUGUCAUUAUAUAUCCCAGUAAAUGGGGUGCUGGGUCUGAUCUAAUUCUGUGUCAUUAUAUAUCCCAGUAAAUGGGGAGCUGGGUCUGAUCUAAUUCUGUGUCAUUAUAUAUCCCAGUAAAUGGGGAGCUGGGUCUGAUCUAAUUCUGUGUCGUUAUAUAUCCCAGUAAAUGGGGAGCUGGGUCUGAUCUAAUUCUGUCAUUAUAUAUCCCAGUAAAUGGGGGGCUGGGUCUGAUCUAAUUCCGUGUCAUUAUAUAUCCCAGUAAAUGGGGAGCUGGGUCUGAUCUAAUUCUGUGUCAUUAUAUAUCCCAGUAAAUGGGGAGCUGGAUCUGAUCUAAUUCUGUGUCAUUAUAUAUCCCAGUAAAUGGGGAGCUGGAUCUGAUCUAAUUCUGUCAUUAUAUAUCCCAGUAAAUGGGGAGCUGGAUCUGAUCUAAUUCUGUGUCAUUAUAUAUCCCAGUAAAUGGGGAGCUGGGUCUGAUCUAAUUCUGUGUCAUUAUAUAUCCCAGUAAAUGGGGAGCUGGGUCUGAUCUAAUUCUGUGUCAUUAUAUAUCCCAGUAAAUGGGGAGCUGAGUCUGAUCUAAUUCCGUGUCAUUAUAUAUCCCAGUAAAUGGGGAGCUGGGUCUGAUCUACCCCUAAAAUAUUAUAUAUCCCAGUAAAUGGGGAGCUGGGUCUGAUCUAAUUCGCGGUCAUUAUAUAUCCCAGUAAUGAGCUGGGUCUGAUCUAAUCUGGUCAUUAUAUAUCCCAGUAAAUGGGGAGCUGGGUCUGAUCUAAUUUCUGUGUCAUUAUAUAUCCCAGUGCAAUGGGAGCUGGAUCUGAUCUAAUUCUGUGUCAUUAUAUAUCCUAGUAAAUGGGGGUUGGGUCUGAUCUAAUUUGUGUCAUUAUAUAUCCCAGUAAAUGGGAGCUGGGUCUGAUCUAAUUCUGUGUCAUUAUAUAUCCCAGUAAAUGGGGGGCUGGGUCUGAUCUAAUUCCGUGUCAUUAUAUAUCCCAGUAAAUGGGGAGCUGGGUCUGAUCUAAUUCUGUGUCAUUAUAUAUCCCAGUAAAUGGGGAGCUGGGUCUGAUCUAAUUCUGUGUCAUUAUAUAUCCCAGUAAAUGGGGAGCUGGGUCUGAUCUAAUUCUGUGUUAUUAUAUAUCCCAGUAAAUGGGGAGCUGGGUCUGUGAUCUAAUUCCGUGUCAUUAUAUAUCCCAGUAAAUGGGGAGCUGGGUCUGAUCUAAUUCUGUCAUUAUAUAUCCCAGUAAAUGGGGAGCUGGGUCUGAUCUAAUUCUGUGUCAUUAUAUAUCCCAGUAAAUGGGGAGCUGGGUCUGAUCUAAUGCUGUGUCAUUAUAUAUCCCAGUAAAUGGGGAGCUGGAUCUGAUCUAAUUCUGUGUCAUUAUAUAUCCCAGUAAAUGGGGGGCUGGGUCUGAUCUAAUUCCGUGUCAUUAUAUAUCCCAGUAAAUGGGGAGCUGGGUCUGAUCUAAUUCUGUGUCAUUAUAUAUCCCAGUAAAUGGGGAGCGGGGUCUGAUCUAAUUCUGUGUUAUUAUAUAUCCCAGUAAAGGGGGAGCUGGGUCUGAUCUAAUUCUGUGUCAUUAUAUAUCCCAGUAAAUGGGGAGCUGGGUCUGAUCUAAUUCUGUGUCAUUAUAUAUCCCAGUAAAUGGGGAGCGGGGUCUGAUCUAAUUCUGUGUCAUUAUAUAUCCCAGUAAAUGGGGAGCUGGGUCUGAUCUAAUUCUGUCAUUAUAUAUCCCAGUAAAUGGGGAGCUGGGUCUGAUCUAAUUCUCCGUCAUUAUAUAUCCCAGUAAAUGGGGAGCUGGGUCUGAUCUAAUUCUGUGUCAUUAUAUAUCCCAGUAAAUGGGGAGCUGGGUCUGAUCUAAUUCUGUGUUAUUAUAUAUCCCAGUAAAUGGGGAGCUGGGUCUGAUCUAAUUCUGUCAUUAUAUAUCCCAGUAAAUGGGGAGCUGGGGUCUGAUCUAAUUCUAUGUCAUUAUAUAUCCCAGUAAAGGGGGAGCUGGGUCUGAUCUAAUUCUGUGUCAUUAUAUAUCCCAGUAAAUGGGGAGCUGGGUCUGAUCUAAUUCCCCUCCUCCCUGUGUCAGUCACACAUCCUGUGCAAAAUGGGAGCUGGGUCUGAUCUAAUUCUGUGUCAUUACAUAUCCUGUAGGCAAAUGGGGAGCUGGGGUCUGAUCUAAUUCUGUGUCAUUAUAUAUCCCAGUAAAUGGGGAGCUGGGUCUGAUCUAAUUCUGUGUCAUUAUAUAUCCCAGUAAAUGGGGAGCUGGGUCUGAUCUAAUUCCGUGUCAUUAUAUAUCCCAGUAAAGGGGGAGCUGGGUCUGAUCUAAUUCUGUCAUUAUAUAUCCCAGUAAAUGGGGAGCUGGGUCUGAUCUAAUUCUGUGUCGUUAUAUAUCCCAGUAAAUGGGGAGCUGGGUCUGAUCUAAUUCUGUGUCGUUAUAUAUCCCAGUAAAUGGGGAGCUGGGUCUGAUCUGGGUCUGAUCUAAUUCUGUGUCAUUAUAUAUCCCUGUAAAUGGGGAGCUGGGUCUGAUCUAAUUCCGUGUCAUUAUAUAUCCCAGUAAAUGGGGAGCUGGGUCUGAUCUAAUUCUGUGUCAUUAUAUAUCCCAGUAAAUGGGGAGCUGGGUCUGAUCUAAUUCUGUGUCAUUAUAUAUCCCAGUAAAUGGGGAGCUGGGGUCUGAUCUAAUUCUCCGUCAUUAUAUAUCCCAGUAAAUGGGGAGCUGGGUCUGAUCUAAUUCUGUGUCAUUAUAUAUCCCAGUAAAUGGGGGGCUGGGUCUGAUCUAAUUCUGUGUCAUUAUAUAUCCCAGUAAAUGGGGAGCUGGGUCUGAUCUAAUUCUGUGUCAUUAUAUAUCCCAGUAAAUGGGGAGCUGGGUCUGAUCUAAUUCUGUGUCAUUAUAUAUCCCAGUAAAUGGGGAGCUGGGUCUGAUCUAAUUCUGUGUCAUUAUAUAUCCCAGUAAAUGGGGAGCUGGGUCUGAUCUAAUUCUGUGUCAUUAUAUAUCCCAGUAAAUGGGGGAGCUGGGUCUGAUCUAAUUCUGUGUCAUUAUAUAUCCCAGUAAAUGGGGAGCUGGGUCUGAUCUAUUAUUAUAUAUCCCAGUAAAUGGGGAGCUGGGUCUGAUCUAAUUCUGUGUCAUUAUAUAUCCCAGUAAAUGGGGGGCUGGGUCUGAUCUAAUUCUGUGUCAUUAUAUAUCCCAGUAAAUGGGGAGCUGGGUCUGAUCUAAUUCUGUGUUAUUAUAUAUCCCAGUAAAUGGGGAGCUGGGUCUGAUCUAAUUCUGUCAUUAUAUAUCCCAGUAAAUGGGGAGCUGGGGUCUGAUCUAAUUCUAUGUCAUUAUAUAUCCCAGUAAAGGGGGAGCUGGGUCUGAUCUAAUUCUGUGUCAUUAUAUAUCCCAGUAAAUGGGGAGCUGGGUCUGAUCUAAUUCUGUGUUAUUAUAUAUCCCAGUAAAUGGGGAGCUGGAUCUGAUCUAAUUCUCCGUCAUUAUAUAUCCCAGUAAAUGGGGAGCUGGGGUCUGAUCUAAUUCUCCGUCAUUAUAUAUCCCAGUAAAUGGGGGGCUGGGUCUGAUCUAAUUCUGUGUCAUUAUAUAUCCCAGUAAAUGGGGAGCUGGGUCUGAUCUAAUUCCGUGUCAUUAUAUAUCCCAGUAAAUGGGGAGCUGGGUCUGAUCUAAUUCUGUGUCAUUAUAUAUCCCAGUAAAUGGGGAGCUGGGUCUGAUCUAAUUCUGUGUCAUUAUAUAUCCCAGUAAAUGGGGAGCUGGGUCUGAUCUAAUUCUGUGUCAUUAUAUAUCCCAGUAAAUGGGGAGCUGGAUCUGAUCUAAUUCUGUGUCAUUAUAUAUCCCAGUAAAUGGGGAGCUGGGUCUGAUCUAAUUCUGUGUCAUUAUAUAUCCCAGUAAAUGGGGAGCUGGGUCUGAUCUAAUUCUGUGUCAUUAUAUAUCCCAGUAAAUGGGGAGCUGGGUCUGAUCUAAUUCUGUGUCAUUAUAUAUCCCAGUAAAUGGGGAGCUGGGUCUGAUCUAAUUCUGUGUCAUUAUAUAUCCCAGUAAAUGGGGAGCUGGGUCUGAUCUAAUUCUGUGUCAUUAUAUAUCCCAGUAAAUGGGGAGCUGGGUCUGAUCUAAUUCUGUCAUUAUAUAUCCCAGUAAAUGGGGAGCUGGGUCUGAUCUAAUUCUGUGUCAUUAUAUAUCCCAGUAAAUGGGGAGCUGGGUCUGAUCUAAUUCUGUGUCAUUAUAUAUCCCAGUAAAUGGGGAGCUGGGUCUGAUCUAAUUCUGUGUCAUUAUAUAUCCCAGUAAAUGGGGAGCUGGGUCUGAUCUAAUUCUGUGUCAUUAUAUAUCCCAGUAAAUGGGGGGCUGGGUCUGAUCUAAUUCUGUCAUUAUAUAUCCCAGUAAAUGGGGAGCUGGGUCUGAUCUAAUUCUGUGUCAUUAUAUAUCCCAGUAAAUGGGGAGCUGGGUCUGAUCUAAUUCUGUGUCAUUAUAUAUCCCAGUAAAUGGGGAGCUGGGUCUGAUCUAAUUCUGUCAUUAUAUAUCCCAGUAAAUGGGGAGCUGGGUCUGAUCUAAUUCCGUGUCAUUAUAUAUCCCAGUAAAUGGGGAGCUGGGUCUGAUCUAAUUCUGUGUCAUUAUAUAUCCCAGUAAAUGGGGAGCUGGGUCUGAUCUAAUUCUGUGUCAUUAUAUAUCCCAGUAAAUGGGGAGCUGGGUCUGAUCUAAUUCUGUGUCAUUAUAUAUCCCAGUAAAUGGGGAGCUGGGUCUGAUCUAAUUCCGUGUCAUUAUAUAUCCCAGUAAAUGGGGAGCUGGGUCUGAUCUAAUUCUUUGUCAUUAUAUAUCCCCGUAAAUGGGGAGCGGGGUCUGAUCUAAUUCCCUGUCAUUAUAUAUCCCAGUAAAUGGGGAGCUGGGUCUGAUCUAAUUCUGUGUCAUUAUAUAUCCCAGUAAAUGGGGAGCUGGGUCUGAUCUAAUUCUGUGUCAUUAUAUAUCCCAGUAAAUGGGGAGCUGGGUCUGAUCUAAUUCUGUGUCAUUAUAUAUCCCAGUAAAUGGGGAGCUGGGUCUGAUCUAAUUCUGUGUCAUUAUAUAUCCCAGUAAAUGGGGAGCUGGGUCUGAUCUAAUUCCGUGUCAUUAUAUAUCCCAGUAAAUGGGGAGCUGGAUCUGAUCUAAUUCUGUGUCAUUAUAUAUCCCAGUAAAUGGGGGGCUGGGUCUGAUCUAAUUCUAUGUCAUUAUAUAUCCCAGUAAAUGGGGAGCUGGGUCUGAUCUAAUUCUGUGUCAUUAUAUAUCCCAGUAAAUGGGGAGCUGGGUCUGAUCUAAUUCUAUGUCAUUAUAUAUCCCAGUAAAUGGGGAGCUGGGUCUGAUCUAAUUCUAUGUCAUUAUAUAUCCCAGUAAAUGGGGAGCUGGGUCUGUGAUCUAAUUCUGUGUCAUUAUAUAUCCCAGUAAAGGGGGAGCUGGGUCUGAUCUAAUUCCGUGUCAUUAUAUAUCCCAGUAAAUGGGGAGCUGGGUCUGAUCUAAUUCUGUGUCAUUAUAUAUCCCAGUAAAUGGGGAGCUGGGUCUGAUCUAAUUCUGUGUCAUUAUAUAUCCCAGUAAAUGGGGAGCUGGAUCUGAUCUAAUUCUGUGUCAUUAUAUAUCCCAGUAAAUGGGGAGCUGGGUCUGAUCUAAUUCUGUGUCAUUAUAUAUCCCAGUAAAUGGGGAGCUGGGUCUGAUCUAAUUCCGUGUCAUUAUAUAUCCCAGUAAAUGGGGAGCUGGAUCUGAUCUAAUUCUGUGUCAUUAUAUAUCCCAGUAAAUGGGGAGCUGGAUCUGAUCUAAUUCUGUGUCAUUAUAUAUCCCAGUAAAUGGGGAGCUGGGUCUGAUCUAAUUCUGUGUCAUUAUAUAUAUCCCAGUAAUAGAGACUGGGUCUGAUCAGUCUAAUAUUCUUAAAUGGGGGUGGCUGGGUCUAGUCUAAUUCUGUCAUUAUAUAUCCCAGUAAAUGGGAGCUGGGUCUGAUCUAAUUCUGUGUCGUAUAUAUCCCAGUAAAUGGGGGCUAGGUCUGAUCUAAUUCUGUGUUAUAUAUCCCAGUAAAUGGGGAGCUGGGUCUGAUCUAAUUCCGUGUCAUUAUAUAUCCCAGUAAAUGGGGAGCUGGGUCUGAUCUAAUUCCGUGUCAUUAUAUAUCCCAGUAAAUGGGGAGCUGGGUCUGAUCUAAUUCUGUCAUUAUAUAUCCCAGUAAAUGGGGAGCUGGGUCUGAUCUAAUUCUGUGUCAUUAUAUAUCCCAGUAAAUGGGGGAGCUGGGUCUGAUCUAAUUCCUGUGUCAUUAUAUAUCCCAGUAAAUGGCUGGAGGCUGGUAUAUAUCCAAAUGGGGAGCUGGGUCUGAUCUAAUUCUGUGUCAUUAUAUAUCCCAGUAAAUGGGGAGCUGGGUCUGAUCUAAUUCUGUGUCAUUAUAUAUCCCAGUAAAUGGGGAGCUGGGUCUGAUCUAAUUCUGUGUCAUUAUAUAUCCCAGUAAAUGGGGAGCUGGGUCUGAUCUAAUUCUGUGUCAUUAUAUAUCCCAGUAAAUGGGGGGCUGGGUCUGAUCUAAUUCCGUGUCAUUAUAUAUCCCAGUAAAUGGGGAGCUGGGGUCUGAUCUAAUUCUGUGUCAUUAUAUAUCCCAGUAAAUGGGGAGCUGGGUCUGAUCUAAUUCUGUCAUUAUAUAUCCCAGUAAAUGGGGAGCUGGGUCUGAUCUAAUUCUGUGUCAUUAUAUAUCCCAGUAAAUGGGGGGCUGGGUCUGAUCUAAUUCUGUCAUUAUAUAUCCCAGUAAAUGGGGAGCUGGGUCUGAUCUAAUUCUGUGUCAUUAUAUAUCCCAGUAAAUGGGGAGCUGGGUCUGAUCUAUUCUGUGUCAUUAUAUAUCCCAGUAAAUGGGGAGCUGGGUCUGAUCUAAUUCCGUGUCAUUAUAUAUCCCAGUAAAUGGGGAGCUGGGUCUGAUCUAAUUCUGUGUCAUUAUAUAUCCCAGUAAAUGGGGAGCUGGAUCUGAUCUAAUUCCGUGUCAUUAUAUAUCCCAGUAAAUGGGGAGCUGGGUCUGAUCUAAUUCUGUGUCAUUAUAUAUCCCAGUAAAUGGGGAGCUGGGUCUGAUCUAAUUCUGUGUCAUUAUAUAUCCCAGUAAAUGGGGAGCUGGGUCUGAUCUAAUUCUGUGUCAUUAUAUAUCCCAGUAAAUGGGGAGCUGGGUCUGAUCUAAUUCUGUGUCAUUAUAUAUCCCAGUAAAUGGGGAGCUGGGUCUGAUCUAAUUCUGUGUCAUUAUAUAUCCCAGUAAAUGGGGAGCUGGGUCUGAUCUAAUUCUGUGUCAUUAUAUAUCCCAGUAAAUGGGGAGCUGGGUCUGAUCUAAUUCUGUGUCAUUAUAUAUCCCAGUAAAUGGGGAGCUGGGUCUGAUCUAAUUCUGUGUCAUUAUAUAUCCCAGUAAAUGGGGAGCUGGGUCUGAUCUAAUUCUCUGUCAUUAUAAGAAAAGUGGGGUGAAUGAAUGCUAACACUGUAACUGUGAUAUGGUUUUAUCAUUAAAAAUGGAAUCCCCUGAAAUGAGGGGAGCAGCAUUCUACAAGGAAAUAUUCAGUCCUGUACAGGCAAGAAUGCUGUAUGUUGCAUUGCCAGUAUCAGCUGGACCCUUUGGGGGAUAUUCUCUAAACUCUGAAAUGUAACAAUUUGAGACCAGGCAAAUUUCAGGCUUAAACAGCAAUUGUCUUGCUUAUAUUUUCUGUUUGAAUUUGCCACAUUUGGAAAUCUAGUGACCAUUUGCCUCUGAUAUCAUAUGCGUGUGUGGGGAUGUGUGUGUGCACGUGUGUAUGUGUGUGUGUGUGUAUGUGUGCGAGUGUGUAUAUGUGUGUGCGAGUGUGUAUAUGUGUGUAUAUGUGUGUGUGUAUAUGUGUGUGUGCGUUUGUGUAUAUGUGUGCGUGUGUGCGUUUUUGUGUGUGUGUAUGUGUGUAUGUGUGUGCGUGUGUGUAUGUGUGUGCGUGUGUGUAUCAUGGGUGUAAGGGUUUUUGGAUUUUUUUAAAUUAACGCGUGGGCCGUAUAUUUUCUCAAUCCAUUUAAGCAACCUGACAUCUACAUUUUGAAUACAUAUACUUAUAAUUAAAUAUGAAGUUAAAAAGUACAAAUACUCACAAAGCAAUAUUUAAAUUUUAUUUUGAAUUCCCUUCCCUCACUUUUGUGAUUAAUCCUGGGAGCAUUUUUUUCCCUUGAAUAUUCUGCCUCUGCUUGUUGGAAUUGCAUUGUUUUUCAAAUUAGAUGAAUGUAGUGGUUGUCUUUUUUUUAAAUGUUAAAAAUAAAAAUGACUGGGUGUUUUUUACCCCUCUUAUUCCUAUCCCCCACUCAGAUGCAUGGUUAGGCUUAUUAAAUGGAAUGAUGAUACUGUAAUUGUAGUGAUAGCAUGUUCUGUUGUAUAUUAUUUCCCCACACCCCUAUCUCACGAUCCCUACAGUUAUAUACCCUGCCAGAUAACCAUCCCUUACUUUCCAAAAUAGAUUCACAGAUUCUCCUUAGGCUUUGUCUCUUUCCACUUCUCUGUAAUUUAUAUCCCACUUUGCACUUAUUGCCUACCUAAUAAUCCCCCUACCUUCCCUGUAUUGGCUCCAUAAAUCCCACUUCCUUUAUCAGACUGUCUGCCCAGCACCGAUCGCAGUGUGAUCAGUAGAGUCAGCAUGCCAGAGCUACAGCAUGACAGGAAGAUCUCCCUCUCAUGCUGCAAUCACCCAGUUGAUGGAGCUCAAAGACCUCUCUCUACUGUUUUAACUAGGAAUUCACUGUGCUGAAGUCAGCAUAGGAUAUCUACCGUUUUGGGUUCGGGGUAGGGUUAGUGUUAGGAUAACAUAUGGGUUAAUGCUGUUUUAGUGUUAGGGAUAGUGUAGGAUUAAUGUUAGGGUAGGUGUAAACUUAGAGUUAGUUUAAGUGGGUUACUGUUAAUUACCAAAAAUAUCAUUUAGAUCCUAGAUAUAUAUGAGGCAUUUACAAUCGGGUGAAUGUGUUUUGAGUUAUUUUCUUUAGUUACACUCGAUAUGUAACAAGGUGAUAUUUGUUUCCAUUUAUAACAUUAAAUUCAUACUUAUUGUUGCCUUAGGUAUACAUAAAGGAUAUUAGAAGAAAGCAAUAUAUAUGGGUGGUGCCCUUAACGAUAAACUAUUAAAUUGCAGUGGAACAAGCAGCAUUCAAAUUCUAGGUUUGCUGUGGUUCAGAAGUUGGACAAUUACCACCAUCCUUAAGGGAUUAAAACUCCCAUUUAGACAAGCUGAUCUAUAUCUGGCCAAUGUUUAUUCUUUAAAUCUGUCUCUCAUGUCGUAGGAUUUCGUCAGUCCAUUUCACUCUCACUGCAAACCUUUCUUUAACUUCUAUCUCAGUAUGGUUAGAUGUUGUCUGCACCUUUGAUCUCAUCCCCAUCCUCCUGGGUUUGUGCGCAUCACCUCCCCUAGACUGCAAGCUUCCCUGAGCAAGCACCUCAUUAACCGCUUGCCUAUCAUCAUUUGUAAGAUUAUCUUUGCCCCACUUCUUUAUUGUUACUUCAACUUUGAAUGGAGAGGAUGCAAAAUAAACUAAAGAGGGAGUGGGUGGAGGUUGUUGCAUUUUUGCAACUGGACUGUAUAUCCUGCUGAUUCUGUACUUCUGUUUUUUCCUUUAUAGAAAAAUAUCUAAUGCAUUUUUUUUUCAGAAAUCCUAAAUCCUAAAUCCUAAUCCUAAAUAUUUCUUUAAUCUAAAAAAAAAAAAAUUUUACAGCACAAUUUAGAGUUUAUUGUUGAGCCAUAUUAAGAUCCCUUUAAAUUCCUGAAAUUUCACACUUUUGAGACUAACCAUAACUUAAUAAAAAUAAAGAAUCGGUCCACUCACAAUUUACAAACCAUGUUGAACAAAACCUUAGUAAAAGACAGUCUCAUCCCACACUUCUGAUCCAUCCGGAUAUGUCACAUUUAAGACUGGCUGAGAUUACACAAAUCUAUGUUUUGAUAAAGAAGAGUAAAGGGAUAGUCUCCUGUGUAUAUGUUGGAACUUUGCUGUAAGGAAACGAUAUAUCUGGAGCGUCCUGACUGCAUACUAUGAAUAACCAACUCAAUAUCCUAUACUUCACAUGUGUUUACUGAAGCAGAUCCCUCCUGUCUACCUCCACAAUACAGUAAUGUCUAACCUGUACUUUCUCUUGCAGGUCAUUCAUUGGAAUGCUAUCAAUGUGACUAUGGAACCUGCCUAAUAAAAUCUAAGGUGACGUGCGGACUUCUUGAGUCCUGUGUGACAUAUUCCUCCACAGUUGGUAAGGAAAUCAUGUCUCCAGUCCUUUCACUGAAUUUAUUUUUAAAGUACCGGUAAUCGCGUGAUACAAAGUUAAUAAAUGGCACUUCUAUAAACAAAGAUAAAAAUAUAAAACAGUAUAACUUAACUCAACAGCAGCAACCUUGUACAGUGCAAAGACACACAAGUACACUCAAUUUAAUUAUUACAAAAUUAAUGUGCACUGUAGCUUUAAAUAAAUAAUAUUAUAUAUAGUGGCUACAACCAGCUUAUUUUUCAGUUAUACCCAGUAACCAAAAAUAUACUUAUAAGAAGUGCAAUAUGGUGUUACUGCUAUGCAAGAUUUACACACCACUUAGUUAAUAAGUCCCUACGUGUAAAUUCAUCGUAAGCAUUGGAAAGUGCACUAACCUUUUAAGUGAUAGUCAUCAUUCACAUGUAAAAGAAAACUCACAGAAAAUGCUUUAACAAAGAUCAGAUUUUACCUUGAGUUAAAAUAUUUUUUAAAUCGGGUGCGCUUCUAAAAUUCAUGAAAAGUUUCUCAGGCAAUAUGUUUGAUAAUUGUAGAUUAUGCUAGCUUUAGUGUACCUAUAAUCUUAAUUUUAUUAAUGACAGGGGGCGAGUAUUUGCUUUAGUCUCUCUUUACUAGAACUCCACAGCAGCACAGAAAAACAACCAGAGAAAAGUUAGGUACUAUAAAACUCCCCUCCCCAUGCAUCAUUUCCUCUUUCAAGCUGCGACAAAACAGAACAAAAGGCAAAAAAUAUAAUGGGGAAGAAACGAAGUCCUAGAUAUAAUGAAUACGACAAUGUCCACCUUCCGAGGUGAACUGCCAAACCAGAUAGCGUUGCUGGACUGUAAACUGAAACGAGAGAAAAAACAGAAUCGAAUGGGUUGGUUAGCCAAUUAAAUGUACCCUGAACAAACAUGUAGGUACCCACUGAAACAAUCAAAAUUACCGUAACCUGUAUGGAUCCCAACCUUAUUAUGUAAAAAACAGACAUAAAAACCAAAGACAGGUAGCAGAGACAAUAGAGUUGCAAACGUGCCUGAUGAACCCCUAUUAUAAAAUUAAACGAGGGAGGGAUACGAAAGGGUGGGAAAUACUCGCCUCCUGUCAUUAUUAAAAUUAAGAUUGUAGGUACACUAAAGCUAUCAUAAUCUACAAUUUUAUAACAUGAGAGGAGGCUUCGUAUUUGCUGUUCUAACGGUCAGCCAACAAAUCCAACGCUGUUUGUUUCACUGGUACCUGUUCCGUGAGCUAUUAGAGCAAUCCUAAAUGGACCUUCCAACUGCGAGAAGUGACAGUAGACGGAUCGAUGAAGAUGCCAGCUGACGAAGCAUCCCAAAUACGGAAAGACACCCUCCGCUCAUAGAUCCAUUGUACAUGGGGUUGCAAACCUGUUUCCUAGUAGCCGGUCCCUGAGCUGCCAAGCCGAACUAUCCGCCAUUUUCCUGUAGGUGUAAAUGCCGAAGGUCAUUUGCUGACUUAGAGCUGUCAUAGGAAACUGCCACCUUGUCUCGACUCUUGAUGUGGAAGGUGGCUCCUCCGAUCGUGCCAGGGUCACCAGGUGAUGUAGUCCACCACCACUUCCGUAAUAGUACAGAAUAGGUUCUUUCGUUCCCUCAUGACCUACCCGCUGAGUUGUCUCAUCCGAUAGUACAUUUAUAAUGUAGGCAAGAGUGUGGUCAAUAUUGAGCUGGUUUGCGCCUGAACUUGCAGAUCUGUAUGGGAUUUCCUCAUCAAUAUUAUGCACCGUCAGUAUAUCACCUGAAGGGUAUUGUACCCAUGGUAUAUUUCAGUAAAAAAAGGGUUAAACAAUAACCCACUCAAUGCACCCCUCAUUGAGCUUGGAAGGGACCACCUUCCAACUCUACUAGCCACCGAAACUUAAUAAAGGUGAAUUAAUGUCAGUAGAGACUGGUCUCCCAUGCCAGUUUGAGCCAGAGCCAGGGCUGUAUAGCUUUAUAUAUCUGCCAUAGACAGUGAACAUCACAUUACAGAGGAUUCAUCUUUGUCUCCAGAGAUGAAUUAGGAACAUAUAUUUAUUGAAGCACAGGGGUUGGACAUAAGGACACCAGAUAAAUUGUGCAACAUAAAAACAUUCACUUAACCUAGUUUAUUAACUCCAACUGGACUCUGUAAAACAAGAAUUGCCUUAAACUCCAGUUGUGAAAUACAAAAGUGCAAGCAUGUAAGACGCAAUCCCCAGUUAGAAGUACACCAUCGUGUGGUUAUCCCUGCUCUAACUGGCAGACUGGCUCUGCCUGAGCCGUGUGCAGCGCCAGCACCCGAGUGGGGAAAGGACCUCGAUGUCCGAUCACUGUGGGAGGGGGCCCCCUAGUUGGUCGUAUUGCACGUGGGUCUUAGAUGAAGAAGCCGGCCGCGGCGGCCACAUGCGUGAGUGGAUUCGGCCGCCAGGUACUCGCGUAGCACCGCGAGAAUUCCCGGGUGCCGGCAGGCUCAUACUGCAGCUCGGGGGAUCAGAGGAGACAGCCAAACGGCUAGUCUCCUGAAAACCUGAGUGGAGCGCCCCUAGACAGGCGGCGCUAGAAAAUGGGGUGUGGGGGAUAUAAAACAGUUGGAAGGCAAACUGAAAGGUCUCCCCAGGAACCCCCCAUAAAAACCACCCCCUAAAAGGCAAACAUCCCCAAAGCAACAGGGGGAGCCAAGAGGAGUAAAGGGACAGUAACCACAAACUAAAUAUAAUAAAAUAUAAUAAAAUAAUAUAUAUAAUAUAUAACUAAACAAUAUAUAUAUAUAUAUAUAUAUAUAUAUAAUAUAUAAACAAUAAAUAUAUAAUAAACAUAUAAAAUGAUAACAAAAUAUAGUACAUAUAAUUCAUAAAUAAAUCAUAAUAAAAUCUCAAAGCCACCCACUAGAAGCAGGAGGCAGUGGUACUCUGACCUGUACUGACUGCGGAGCAGCAAAGAAAGAGGCAAUGAUGCAAUGGGGAGGGGAGUUUUAUAGUACCUAACUUUUUUCUGAUUGGUUGUUUUCUGUGCUGCUGUGGAGUUCUAGUAAAGAGAGACUUAAGCAAAUACGAAGCCUCCUGUCAUGUUAUAAAAUUCUUUAUCUUUUCACAAAAGAUCACAAUGUUUAUUGACAAUUUUCUUUAGCUAUUUUAUUUGUAAAUUGUACUUCAUUAUUAUUUUUUCUUACAAACGAUCCAAUCUGGUUGAUCAUACCUUGCUAUUUCAAUGUGCAUGGGAUUUGGGACAGUGCGCAAGUGACUUUUUCCUUUGUUUUUUAUUGUAUGUAUUGAGGCUGUGUUAUAGGCAUUGCUGCUUGGGCAAGAUGAGUUUAAAUACUACGUGUGAUUUUAUUGGUCCACAUCAUGCCUGCGACCCCAAAAUGUGUGUGAAAGGGGACGCUGGACUGACGUGGACCAAGCUGAGCAGGAAUUGACAUUACUCUCCCUGUAUGUCAUUAAGAAUGUGCUCCAAAUACGAGCAGUAUUCUCAAUGCUGGUAUUCAGGCCGGACAAACAGUCAUAUUGUUGCAGUCUGAUUCAUAAUUAGUUAAAUGAUAUAAACAGUUAUUCAAUAGGAAUUAUGAUAAUUAAUGAUUUCACCUGUUGAUACGAUAGGAAGGGAGGUAAUGUCCAGGGCCGGACUGGCCUGCCCUGGGACUGCUGUGAACUGGGGCCACGACCAUUCGCGUGCUUCUGCGGCCAGCCGUGGCCGCAAGAGCUCAAAACCUUUGUCCGCGCCUGCCGCUGGAUAUGCGCAUACAGUUUGUGAUGUCAUAUCCAGCAGCUGCGCAGCAGCGGCCCUAUAUUGAAUGCAGCCAGCCGCUCCCCCUUCCUCUUGCUCACAGUAUAGCCUGCUUGAGCACAGAAGAUCGUGGAACUGGAGGAUCUGAUAAAACAAUGGGUCACUGUGAGGUAGGGUAAAAGGGGCCUGGGGGACCUUCCAGUAUUGCAUUAAACUGGGGAUAGGGAGAGGGGGUGAUGUAUUAAAUAAGGGAGGGUUAGGAAGAGCAGUGUAUUUAACUGGGGGAGCAGGGGAGGGAGAGCAGUGUAUUGAAUUGGGGGAGGGGUGGCAGUGUAUUGAAUUGGGGGAGGGGUGGGAGGAAGGGCAGUAUAUGAAACUGGGGGAGAUAGGGAGUGUAGCUGUUGGGGGUAGGGAGAGGGGGGGUGUAUUAAAUUUAGGGAAAGUAGGAGGGAAGAGGGGCAGUGUAUUAAAUGUGUUGUGCUAAUAGUCACAUCACAAUCACAUACACUACCCUCUACACUCACAAACACUCUCUAUAGCCCCUAGACUCACACACUAGAGCCCAUAUACAAACAUAAACUACCCCGAACACACAAAUUACCCUGUUCACACAAACUACAGCCCCAAUAUAUAUAAACACAUAUUACCGCUUCUGUAACACUGUACAGCCCCUAGAUACACCCACACACACACACACACAACAGUCCCGAUACACAUACAGGCACACUACACCCUCCAGAAGUAGCACACAUGCUCUCUCUCUCUCUCUCUACAACCGCUAGACAGACACACACAAUCUCUACAGACCCUAGACGCACAUACUUUACAUCCAUUGGAAACAUAUACACAUUACAGUCCCUAGCCACACAUAGUUCACACACACACACCACCACAAACAGUCACUUCUAUGCACACGCAAUCUCACAAUCAGCCUCCAACCCCAUAUAGUGCCACAGAGGCCCGCACAGGUGGUCACACCUCACUUUAGUCCUCUGUUAUCUCUCUGGGGACACCAGAGACAAGUCACCAGCAAUUGCAGAGCUGUGCUGUGUAAAAUAAACACAGGGCAUUGGUGUGAGUGCUCUUCAGCAGGGCUCUGUGCAUGAAAUGCCCUGGAGGUACAGCCAAGUAACAUACUCACUUUGAGGUGGCGGACAUGUCAUUAUUGAUGACAUGAAAUGCCCACUUUUUGUCCCUGCCCCCUCCAACUGGGCUGCUCUGCUUUUAAAUUCCCGGGCUGAAUUUUUUUUCCCAGUCUGGCCCUGGUAAUGUCCAUGUUAAGGGAUCCACACACACACAAAAAUCUGUUUAGGAGGGUUUCCUAUAUCUUUGAAGGGUGGAAAAUAUCAGAAGAAGUCCAAAAGGGAUCUUCAAGUAUACUUUGUAACUCUUAUCAAGUAUGUUCUGGAAUUAAAGUUUGUCUCUAUUUCAGCUGGAAUAACCUUAAGGAAGAGAGGUUGUGCGACUGCCACUCAGUGUACAACUGAAUCCUCUGAGACAUAUACUGGUGUAACCGUGAAAACAACUCCUUCUUGCUGUAUAUACGAUCUCUGCAACUCUGCUAUCACCCCCAGGUUGUCUGCUGUCACUGGAAUAGCUGUUCUGGUUGCCCUGUGGUUCGCUAAACUGUUCUGAGUUUAUGAAAUCCAGUCUGUAUUUCGAGGAACACAGACAAAAUGAAGAUGAUCAAAACACAAUCUUCCAUCUUUCACAGAGAACUAACGCUCUGCUUUUUGCACAAUGCCAACCAUUCACCUGUCUCUAUGCUAUAAUUACUUGAAAAUCAGUAAAAAUGUUGCUUGUUGAUGUUACUUUUCAUCCUUUGCAUUGAAAGUUUACCAUUCCGUGUCCUCUCCUGUCUUCAUUUUUCUAUGCUUUUCAGAAUUUUCUUCCAUGCAUGGUAUGCCUUCCUUAAUCACGACAGAUCUCCGUAACAUUCUGUGUCUCUGUACACUUACCAUUCACUGCCUAGUCCCAUGUUUCCUGUCUGGGCAUAACAUCCUUCCUUUCUCAUUGGCUCUUCUCAAAUCUUCUAUUCUAAAACUGGUCAAACAAUGAAACAGAUUUUCAAGGUUUCUAGUUUUUGUUUAUAAAGUUUUGUAAGUAUAUUCUGUAGAGAAAUAAAAAACAAUCUUAUGGGUGUUUUUGAGAUUUCUUCUUUGUCUCCUAAUUGUUAAUCUUUCUAGCAAAUAU